GAUGAAUGAUUUUAAUGUUUUUCCAUAUUUUCUCUGAAAAGCUUCUUUUAUGUCCACCAAGUCGAUUUCACAUCUUGUGACAACUAAACGAAUCAGAUCUCUGUCAUUUGUUCCCAGACCUGCCAUCGCUUUAUGAAGACGUCUUGCGAAAAAUUCGGAGCGAUCUAAAGCGACUCUUAAAACAGCAACAAGCGCAUCUUCAAUGUCACCACUGAAUUCCUUCUUGAUAUCCUUCUCCAGGGUAUGACCGCAAAGAAUUCGAUUAAAUUCAGAUUCAUCAGUGCCCAUUCUAGCGAUGCCAGCAUCACGUAAUGCCUGAGCAUCAAUGCUUGCAGCAUUGA